UGAGGAGAGGAUAAACUGAGAUAACGAACAGAUCAGAGUCCACCAGACUGAGACGUCAACUUCAGAGUCAUCAGAGAGCCUCCUGGACAGCAGCCUUCAUCCUCCUCAUCCUCCUGCAGAGGCUCUCUGUCAGCUGAUUGGUCACCUCCAACAUGCUCCGCCUCCUCCUUCUCCUCUCUGUUGCCAUAGCCCUGUCAGGUGCUGAUGAACAGGUGAUAACUAGUAACUCAGAUUUCGACAUCAGCUCGUGUCCCAUCACAUAUUUUGGACAGAAGUAUGAACGAGUCUAUGUGAACGUCACCAGUGAGAACGUUGUGAUCUGUUUCAACGGCUAUUAUGACCCUCAGAACAAAGGAGACUGUUUGGUGCGACCUGGAGCAGUUCGGAUUGAAUUUCACAUUUUUGGCAAAUAUCCUUAUAUUGAAAAUCUUUUCAGACAGGACCUGCCAUCCAUUUCCAACGCUUUAGAAUGUUUCUUGGGGUUUUCCGAUUACUUAGUACUUUUUUGGGUAGCAAACUUCGGGUCACAAGCAGCUUUACUUGAAUCAUUCGGUAGUGAGGGUACAGCGCUCACAGAUGUUCUGGUGGAUGGUAACAAGGUCAACACGGUGAAUGUUACAAACGCUGCAGAUAACUUCACAUUUCAUGGAUUUGCAGACCUGAGCGGUUGCAGACAUUCAGGGGUUCUGCUCAGGCCUGGUGAGGUGAGUUCUGAUCCUGAAACCUGUUUCAGUCUCAACUGUUCUCAGACUGCAGUCCUCCAGACCUCCACCUGUGGGCCUCUGGAGCGUUGUCAAGGCAACGGCAUCUGCUCCUCUGACUCCUUGUUGGACACCAUCUGCACUGUGACGGGUCCCGCUGUCAUCGACUUCCACGGCCAGCAGAACUCUGUGAAGGAUCGGUGUUCGUACUCUCUGCUGAGGAUCCCAUCAGUCCCAGACUUCCAGGUUCUGGCCAACUUCCAGGAGCGGCACCGUAAAGAUGUGAGCUUUCUGGACAGCGUGAUGCUGCGACUGAACGGGUCGGGCAUUCACAUUUACCUGAAACAAGGAGGCAGAGUUCUGCUGGACGACUCGGCGCUGACCCUCAACAGCUCGGUUCAGACGGUUCGUGGUGUGAAGCUCUCUAAGGACCAAACUGGAGUCACUGCUAAGGUGUCGCUGUCCAACUUCAAGGCUUCUGUCUUCUUUGACGGCUCCACCGCACAGAUCCACCUGGAAGGACCUGCAGGACAGUCUCUGCAGGGUCUGUGUGGAAACUCCAGCAGGUCUCUGAGUAAAGAGAGGGUCUCUGAGGACAGCUCCACCAGCUGUGAGAUGCAGUACAAGGACAGUAAUGAAACUACGAUCAACUGCACCAAGAUGACUGAACGCUGUAACCUCCUGAAGGAGGCGCCCUUCUCCUCCUGUGACAUCGACCCAGAGCCCUACAUCAGCGCCUGCAUAGACACCUUGUGCAGCUACUCUGAUCUGGACCACCUCAGGUGUCAGUUCCUGGAGGCCUACGCCAGAGCCUGCAGCCUGAAGAGCAACACCACACUGGAGGACUGGAGGUCCAAGGCUGAUUGCUCGCCCCCUGGGGCCUUCUGCCAGGACAGGACCUGCAGCGAUCAUGAGUUCUGUGGAGAGAAGACUGCUGGUGGAGAAACUCGCUGCUUCUGUCGGGCCAUUUUUGCCUCCAAGUACAGAAAGAUCAACUCUUUGGGUGAUCCACCAGUCUGCAGUGAGAACUCUGCUUCUCUCAGUCUGGUCGGGUGUCUCCUGGAGGACAAAGGCAUCGACCACUCUGUCUUACAGCUCAAAGAACCGACCUGCAGAGGUCAGAUUGACAAGCAGACCCACAUGGUGACUUUCAGCUUCAACAGCGCCAACCUCUGUGGGAUGGAGAUCACGAACAACAACAGCCAAGUCAUCUACAAAAACACCAUCAUGUCCCAGAACCUCUUCUCUGGUGGCAUUACCCGCCAAGACCAGGUGUACAUUGACUUCUCCUGCAUUCAGACUCAGCCGGACAUCCAGACCGCAAUCUUCAGAAGCUCCGUGGUUCAGGUCAUCUCAUCCGGACCUUGGAGGUACUCUCUGACCAUGAAGGCCUACACUGACCCCGGCCGAACUCAAGCUGUGUAUUCAAACACCGAAGUGCGGCUGAACCAGAAGAUCUGGGUGGAGCUGGACACUGAUGGCCUGGAUGAAAAACUGGUUGCUGUGGUGACCGACUCCUGCUGGGCAACAGACCAAGCCUCCCCCACUGGGGGUCGCAAAUAUUACCUGAUCAAGAAUGGCUGUCCAAACUCUGAAGACCAGACGGUGACAGUGGAGGGAAAUGGAGAGGGAACCUCCAACUACUUCUCCUUCAACAUGUUCCAGUUCACUGGGAGCUCUGCUGAACUCUACCUGCACUGUAAACUGCAGCUGUGUGUCAAACAGGAGAACAGUUGUGUCAAGAACUGUGAUGGAGCUCGGAAGCGCAGAUUUGCCAGAUCCAAUUAUGAAGCAGCUGCCUUCAUCAGCAUGGCUUGGACUACUUAGGUGGCUUCCACAGUGACUGACUGAAAGGCUGCAAACCUCCAUGAUGAUCCCAGUCUUUGGACCAGUUCUGACCCAGAGCCUGGAUGUUAUGAGGACAUCUCUGACACAUAAUGGGUCUACAGCUGAUACUCUCUUUGAUUUUAUGUGAAUCUGGUGAAGGGAAAUGAGUGGGUUACAUGUGAUGUUUAUUAUAACCAGAUGAAAACGUCUAAGAAACAUUCAAAUAAUCAGAUUUUAUGCUUAGAGUCUCUGUAUCCUCCUGCAUCCUGAAGGCCAUAUGUUGGAUUAGAGUUGGUACAAACCAGUUGACCUUCUGUCUUCAAGAAGUGUCUGGUCACAGGAUACAGAUGUCUAAGAGCAGUGAGGCCUUCAAGCAAAGAAGCUUUUUAAUUAGAUGUGAAACUAUCCCAUGAUGCACAGAAGAAAACAAGGAGCAGAAAUGAGGCUGCAGUGACUGACAGAUACAAUCUGAAGACAUAAUGGGCUUUAAUGGUUCAAAUGAUAAAUGUUUAAAUAAGUUGAAUAAUCAGAGGGAGGAAUUUAUUUUAAUCUGCAUUUUUAACAAUAAUAAGUAGAUUUUUCAGGGAUUUGUAGCUUCUACAAGAAAUCAUCAGUAAUCUAAACAUAAAGAAAUUACAUGAAACCGCAUGUUUUCAGUGUCUCUGAAGAUCAGAUUUGGAUCAAAGUUCAGCAGGUUAAUAACAAGCUUAUAAAACUGAGACGAUGAUGAAAAAGCCUAGAUGCAGUCGGUUUGAGAGAAACUUCAGUUUUGGAGGAAGAACCACCACAGGAGGACAGUAGAGCAUACUGAUGAUUUUAUUGUAAUUUUUAGAUCUGUUGUUCUCCCCGUGUUCUGGUUCCCUGGGUGUGUUUUUCAGUUUGUUUCUUCAUCUUGCUCCUCCAUGUCCUCAUUUGUCUCUGUAUGCUUCCCCUGCUCCCUCCCUCCCUGCGUCCCUGUCACACCUGUUCCCUUUUUCUGUGAUUAUCUGCCCUUUGUUUCCCCUCUCACAUCUUCCUGUAUAUUAGUUGGUCUGUGUUCUUUGUUCCCCGCUGGUUCCUCUCGUCUCUUACCCUGUGCACUACCCACAUCCUUGCCUUGAAUCCCUGCAGUGUUUUUGUACGUUUGGCUCUGACUCUGGUUGACACCUGCAGUGUUUUUGUUACGUUUUUUGUUACUUUUCAUUUUAUGAAUAAAAACCAAGACUGCUUGAAAUGCUGCUACCGAGCUCUUGACUGCGCUUUGGUCCAACCCCAAACCCGAAUGUGACAGUAUCUACAGAAGCUCUAACAUUAAAGUCAGACAUAAGGUCUGUUGGUGUUUCUUAAAUGUCAUUAACUUUGAAUCUUGUCUUAUUGUUGUCCUGAUAACAGAUGUUCAGUCCUGUUGGGAUUCAUGUGGAUUCAUGUGGAUGAUAAAAAUCAUCAUUUAUAGUUACAGUUAUUAAUCAUUGAGUUUUAACUCACAAAGUUGAAAUAAAGAUUUGAAACACUAAAAGAUA